AUUCAAACUCGCAAAGAACAAGAUGAAGGUUCUCGUCCUCCUCGCUGCCUGCUUUGCCGCUACCUUGGCUUUCGAUAUCCCAGAACCAUACAAGUGGGACGAGUCUUUCAAAGUUGAUUACGAGAAGUUGGACGAGCAGCACAAAGGACUGUUCCAGGCCAUCUUCGACGUCUGCGCUGCCCCUGCUGACGCUGCUGCUCUUGCCCACCUUAAGGAUGUCAUCGAAAAACAUUUCAGAUUCGAAGAGGGUAUGAUGACGGCUGCGGAUUACGCCGGCUACGCUGACCACAAAAAAGCGCACGACGGAUUCGAAGCCAGAUUGAAAGAAGGACAAGUUCCAGUUGCAGCUGAUGACGUCAAGGCCGCCAAGGAAUGGCUGGUCAACCACAUCAAAGGCGUCGACUUCAAAUACAAGACCCUUUUAUAAAUCUGAAAUCUUUUCCACUGUUUUAGAAAAUUUAGAAAAUUU